GUGUCCAGCCUUGAGAAGAGCUGAAGAUGAAGGACAGGUUAGAGGAGCUUCGGAACCGAGUGAACGAAGACGAGGACCAGGACGAUACGCUCUCUUUUGACAACCCCACCUUUAACGACCACGAGAGCAAUCCCCUGAGCAAGACUUUCGAGGAAAUCGCCCACCUUUCCUUGGCGCUGGAUAAACUGGAGGAAUUAUCGGAGACAGUGGACAAGAAGCAGCAACAGGUGCUCUGCUGCACCACUGAAGGCAGCAUUUACGAAGGGAAAAAAGAACUGAGCGCCAUCAAGGAGGCUUUCACUGCUGAGGCCAAAUUCAUCCGGCCACAGCUCAGCAGUAUCCAGGAGACCUUGGCUGGUGGCAACAAGCAGUGGCAAGCCGCCAGCCGCAUCCGCUACAGCCAGGCCUCCCUCCUCGUCACCCGCUACCACAACAUCAUCACUCACCACUAUGACAAAGAGACCCAGUAUCUGGAGAAGCUGAAGGAGCAGAUCCGAAGGCAGACGGAGUUGGCUGGCUUGAAUCUGCCGGAGGAGGACCUCACGCGGCUGGUGGAGAGCCCCAUGGCUCCUCGGAUCGUGGGCCAAGACCUGGAGGUGCUCAGGGCCAGGCAGCACCUGGCCAUGGCCCAGGUGCGCCACCAGCAGCUGCUGGACCUGGAAGCCCAGAUCAAAGAGGUACACAGCCUCUUCCUGCACCUGGAGGUCCUGGUCUCGGAACAGCAUGAGACCAUCAACAGCAUCGAGUACAAUAUCCUGCACACUCUGGAUUAUAUCUCCCGGUCGAACGAGGAGGUCAAGAAAGCCCUCAAAUAUGAGCGGCAGUCUCGGUUCGCUGCCGCCCUGAGCGCGCUGCUGGGCCUCUGUGCCUGCUGCACUUGUUUAUCCUGCAUGGCAACCCCGAGUGUGGUGCGGUGA